AUGGCUGCCAAUUGCCCGGGCACCUACGAAAAUAUUCCAAUAUCCACAGGCAGACUGAAUGCUAAUUUUGUUAAACAAGAAGAAAUUGGCGCUGGAUCAUUCGGAACUGUAUAUAGAGUUCAUCAAAAAUUAUUUAAUCAAGCACUUGCUGUCAAAGAAAUUAAUAUGAAAAAUGAAAAAGAUCUUGCAAAAAAUGUACGUGAACUGUCCGUAUGGUUUCAGUUACAAUCGGAAUAUGUAGUCAAAUACCGAAACCAUUGGUUUGAGAAAAACCCUGAUACUUUUUUAACCAUAUAUAUCAUAAUGGAUUUGUGUGAUCAUAACCUUAGACAUUUGUUAACGGUUAAGUCUAAACGUUAUAACCGACAAGGUGAUAUUACCCGUAUAAGCGAUUGGGAAUAUUUAAUAUGCUACUAUCUGUAUCAGGAAGUAUUAAUUGGUGUAGAUUAUCUACAUACACAUAAGCCAGCAAUAAUUCAUCGUGAUCUUAAACCUUCGAAUAUAUUAGUUGCAUAUACGCAUGAUAAAUUAAUGAUUAAACUUGGUGAUUUUGGUUUAGCUACCAAUCAUGAACUUGACCAAUCUCACACCGAAAAUGUAGGGACUACGAAAUAUGUUUCACCAGAAAUAUUCCGAAUUCGUAGAUAUACCACCAUGGUCGAUAUGUAUAGCAUGGGCGUUAUUUGUGAAGAGAUUUUUCAAAUUGAUUCAUUAGGGGAUGAUAUUGUCGAGGAUAAAGAUAUGCUCAAGGACAUUGGCAACGAUGUACACACUAAUAAAAACAAGAUUUCUGAAUUUGAAAAAAUCACUUUGUUACACGAUGGAAAAUUAUUCAUUGAAAUUCUUGAAGCCAUAAACUACUUGCACACGAAAUCAACACCAAUAAUGCACCGAAGUAUACAACCAAGCAAUAUCUUAAUCAUACAUCAUGCGCAUGGACGAUUUGUUAAAUUAUCCGAUUUUGGGUUGGCUAUUGAACAUCAUACAGAAUCCCAGUCCCAUACACAGUUUCCCAAUGCAGGUAAGUAUAUGGCACCGGAGGUAAAGCAAAGUCGCAAAUAUGGUCUGUCAUCGGAUGUGUAUAGUGUAGGUGUAUUGGCUCAGGACCUUUUUAACUUUGAUAUUAAUAAGUUUGAGUAUAGAUAA